CAAAAAAUGAAUCAAUAAACGUUGAAUGAUACUGUAAUAGUAGAGUGGAAGCAAAAGUGGAAGCACUGAAACGAUACGAUUAAUAAUAAAAAGAAUUUGUAUGAUUCAAAAUGUUCCGUAAGUGACUUGGAAAUUUGAAUAACAAUCAGUAAUUGAUGAAUCCACCGGAACAGCAUCGUGAUGCUCAACCUUCGGGUCAUCGGUCAUGCUUCAGUGAUGCUGACUUCAUGUCAUUCAACGAGACAGUUCGACGAAUGUUCGAAAAUUUAUUCCAUGGCUUAGAGCAACAUUACCGCCAACUUGGAAUUGGCUGGAGUGGCUCAUCGAUGAAUGUGUCACCAUUUCAAUACAAUUUUGGCAGUUCAGUUGGACAGAUCGUAAAUGAUGCGGAAAAAUUUGUCAUGGAAAUGGAUGUGUCACAGUUUCAUCCAGGUGAUUUAAAAGUCAGUCUACGCCAUGGUGAACUUUCAAUUGAAGGACAUCAGAAGCAACAACGUGAUCGGCAUGGUUCGAUUGAACGACACUUCAUCCGUCGAUUCACGCUACCUGAUGAUGUCGAUGAUACUACUUUAAUUUCUCACUUAAAGGAUAAUGGUAUUCUAGAAGUAAGCGCUCGAAAGAAGAAUGUUGCACCAAUAACUCCAACACGAAAUAUUCCUAUCCAAACGUAUAACGUUGAUCAGCAACGUUCAAAACCUCCAAAACGUAAUGAUUCAACUACAAGUCGUACAGGAACAAAUAAUCACUGAUUGAAUACAUUUAACACUUAACAUUUUAUCAGUACCAUUCUAGAAUGUCAAAUAAACAGAUGUC